AUAGAAUUGGAGGAAAAAGUAAAUAUUGGCAAAUAAGGUUACCAAUUAUUGAAGAAAAUGAAGAAAACUUGUGGAAUUGGAGCUUAAAGGACUUGGAGAGCUGCUGCUGACCUCUGAACGGAUCUUCUGCCGCCAUUCUGCUGUCGCCGCGCCCACCAUCUCCGGCGACCACCAUUGCAGCGGCCUGAGUUGCUGCUUGGCUCCCGUCGUCGUUCCCCCAUGUGUUUCCCCCUUUUUGAAGCUUUGAUCCAUCAUCAAUUUAUAGCAAGAUGGAGCUUUUACCGUUGAAUUUUUGCCAGUUGGAUGAUUAUUGAUCGCGAACGUUGGAGCGUUGCAUUGAUUAGGUCUUCCGCCCGUUGCGCGAAGAAGAAGAAGCCGCUGAGGAUCGAAUUUUUUUUCUUUUCUUGAGUGAAGCUAAAGAGGGAGGAGACUUGGGCUGAUCUUAUUUUUGGGGCCCUUAUUUUUUUAAGCUAUAAAUACACAAACCCAUUGUCACACCUUUACCACAUUGCUUGUUGAGAUAUUGCGAAAAUGGCUAAUUCCCAAUCUGCCCUUCCCUUCUUCUUCCUCAUCUCAUCACUCUUGCUCCUCUGCUCUGCAGUCUCAGUCCUUGCACGUCAAGCUCCCCCUUUGACCCCUGCACCAGCCCCUGCCUCCACUGUUGACCACCGCAACCACCCUUCUCCGUCCACCGGAACACCGCCGGGAGCCGCCCCUACCAAGCCACCACCACACCAUAAUGCAAAGCCUCCCACCGGCCACUCAGAUUCCCCAGCUCACCCCCCUACCCACCACCACGACCACCACCACCACAGUGACCACCACCACCACCACAGCGACCACCACCUCGACCACCGCCACCACCAUCCUCAAGCUCCGGCAGACGCCCCCCGGAAACCAGGUCCAUACCCCACAGCUCCCGCCCCUCAUCACCAUUCCCACUCCGUUACCGCAUAAUCAUCAAAGAAGUUUAAUAAUGCCCAUGUUUUAGUUAAAUAAAUAGUUUGGUUUCAUUAUUGUGUUGUACUCCUAAUUAUAUUUACUUUUUCAUUGUUGAGUGGACUUAUAACACUCCUUCAAGGUUUCUUGUCGGUUCUUUCCCUUGAUGCCUUUGUUGAACCGACAACAACUAUGAAUUUCAUAUGAUUUCUAUGUCCUCGAUCGAGCAUUAAGAAUUCCAUAUGAUUUCUAUCACUUUCUAUGAAUUGUGUUUAUAUUAACAAAUUGCUAUGUCUGAG